CUGUGACUGAAAAGUUUGGGGAGAAGAGAAUCCUACUAUCAAUGAUGACCAUCUCGGAUUAGUACCCCAGGAACGGCUGUACCAGGGGCUUGUGACCACCUCCCUAAUGUUACCCAAAUAGGAACCAUAACACCUCUCAUCUGAACAGAAAAAGCAAAAGGGGCUCCAGAAGGCAGAAAGCUCAGAGGUAAAGAAGGUGCUCAAGCCAGCCCACAGGCACUGCCAUUGAGCUAAUUCUCUUUAAUCCUGUGGUGUCUCCUUCCCUAUGUCGUCUCACUGUUGAUGAGGACAUCUCUUUGGAAUGUUUUAUUUGUGUAUAAAACACUUCUGCACAUUUUAGACCUGUGCCCAGUUACCAGGAUGCCAGACAGGAAACUGCAGAGCUUGACGGCCAAGCCUCCUACCAGAGUACCAGCAGAGCAAUGAACAUCUAGCUGGGCCACUAUUCCCACAAUUUCUGGAGGCCCCGAUUCCAUAUUCUCUGCUUCCUUAUUAAGUGGCUGGGUGGGUUUGGCAAGCAGAAAUGAGGUGUGUUAAAAGCGCAAUGGCUGCAGGGACUGGGUCCUGGCACAUUGGGUUCCAAGUUGGGGCUCCAUCUGCAUCAUGAGUGCCCCCACCACAACCCGCCUCACUGCUGUCACCACCUCCAAAGGAGGCCGAGUCCUGGAGGUGGGCUUCGGCAUGGCGACAACAGCAUCAAAGGUGCAGGAGGUCCCCAUCCAGAAACACUGGAUUGUGAAGUGCAAUGACAGCAUCUUCCAGUGGCUCCAGGACUGGGCCCAGCAGCCACACAAGGUCAUCCCCUUGAAAGUCCUGUGGGAGGAGAUGGUGCCCACCCUGCCAGGUGGUCGCUUUGAUGGGAUAUUGUAUGACAAGUACCCACUGUGGGAGGAGAUGUGGCACACACACCAGCUCAACUUCAUCAAGAACCAUAGUUUUCACCUGCUGAAGCUGAGGAGGGUGUCCCCCUCACCUACUGCUACCUCACUUCCUAGGGGCAGCUGAUGAAGUCAAGUACUCAGGUGUCACCACCAUCCAAAACACAGGUGCCUGAG